AUGGCUUUGCCGGGGCCGUACCGGCAGGGGGAGAGGGAAAGGUACUUUAUACCUGUGUUCGUCUGUAAACGAAGGCUUGAAAACAUUGUGCUUCUCCAGAGCAGUGGAAGGACUGUUGGUUUUGCUGACUUCAAAGUUAACCAAGUGAAGCUCCAGGCAGACCUCUGUCAGGACAGUGCCAUCAGAGAGAGGAUGCGCAUUGACGUGCCAGCUAUGCAGUGUGAAGAUACGCAGUUCCUGGCCAACUCAAAGGAGCCAACAGAAGUCUCUAAUAUCGAUGAACUUAAACUGGUUUGUGAUGAUGUAUUUGAGAGAAUGGAGGACAGUUUUAAUACAAAGCUGAAAGCGAUAAGUGGGGCCUACAGAAGUAGACUAUUGCUAGAUACUGCCUUUGAGGAAAUACUUAUGGUUCUUAACCUCACUUAUUUUAAGCAGGUACUGGGGCUGCUGGUGUGGACCCUGAUUGCUGGAACAGAAUACUUCCUUUAUCCAGCCUUUGGCUGGGUGAUGUUUGUAGCUGUGUUUUACUGGGUUCUCACCGUCUUCUUUCUGAUCAUCUACAUGACAAUGACCUACACCAGGAUCCCCCAGGUGCCAUGGACCACGGUGGGUCUGUGUUUUAAUGGAAGUGCCUUCGUUUUGUACCUCAUUGCUGCCAUUGUGGAUGCAGCUUCAGUUACCAAAGAACUGGACAGGCACAAUUACAACAGCUGGGCAGCUUCUUCAUUCUUUGCCUUCAUGGUUACCUCCUGCUAUGCUGGAAAUACAUAUUUUAGCUUUAUAUCUUGGCGAUCACGAACUUUGCAGUAAAUAUUUUGUUGAAAUGAACGCUGUAGUAUAAAGUAUCUUGAGGAUUAUACUCUGUUGGCAAAAGCUUGGAAGAGGUCUUUUAGAACAUUUCUGUUAGAAUUGACGCUAUAUUUUAAGAUGAGAAUAAAGUUACUAUUUACAAUACAAUAUCAUCUUUAGAGACAUCUAACACCAACUUUGUACUGUAUAAUAAAAUUUCGUGCUGCUUCCUUUAAAAUUAACGUGGUAUUUUUCUUGCCGUUGUAUAGAUGUUAUCACUAAAGCUUUAAUAAAUCUUACUCAAUGUGCCAAUUUUGUAAAUGUAACUUUUUCAAAUGUUACAGGUAUACUUUUGAUACUGAAUGCUACAAAUCAAAACUAAGAUGGAUAUUGUCUCGUUAUUAUGUAUAAAAAGUGACACUGUGCAGAAAAAAAUCACCCAAACCUUUAAAAAUAAAUAAAUAAUUGACCCAACUGU